AACGAAGAAAUCAUUAAAAAUAUUAAUUAAUAGGAAUAUGUUGUGUCUGCAGCUGGAUAUUAUCUUCGAGAAGCAAUUUAAAGAAACGUUUUAAGAUUUGGGAAAAUCCGAGUUCUAAAAAUAGACCGCAAUUCUAGAAGAUGCAGCUUGCAGGUCGAGGAAAGCAAUCAUUCAAUAUGUUCAAUAGGCCUAGAUCAACGGUGACCUGCAAUUAAUAGAACAUAUGCCUGAUAUCAGCUUGAUGGACAAUGCCUUUACCGAAACUAAAAGAAAGCCCAGAUUUAUAAGGGUCUUAUGAUAUAAUGCCUGGACAGAAGGUAGACUACUUUGAAUGCAUUUUAUGCUCAAAAAGAACAAAACCAACUGACAGAAGAACAGUCAAUAAAGAUAUAAAGAAGUAUCUUCGACGCAAGUUCCUGAUUGAGGCUCCUGAAAACUCUGUAAUAUGCAACAAAUGUCGUCAUGUUUACAGAAAUGAAACUGGGAAAACAAAUGUGUACGCCCCUGUUCGCUGUGCAUCAACAACAACUUCUGAUGACUCUAGCAGUAAGAAAAAGACUUUGUCUAGCCCACCAUCUGUCUCUCUGGCUUUGGCUUCUACAGCAAAAUCCCAUGCUUAUUGUUGUGUCUGCAAAAAACCUGGUCCAAAAUUAGUGGUGGUUCCAACUGAAAGCCGCACAAAUGUUUUUGUUGAUAAGAAUAUUCUUAUUCCCCCAGGGAACAGGUGCUGUCCUGUGCAUUUAGAUAAUGAUAGUGGAAUGUUCACAAGUGAUGCUGUCCAACAACUUAAAACUACUGAAAAUGCCUUCUUAAAUAGAACCACCAUUUCAGAACUAUUGCAGCAAAUGCGCAUUUUAUGUCAACGAAAUGAAAAAACAGUUUUUGGACUUUGAC